ACAACUCUUAAAGCGGAUGUCUAUAAUCCUGGAAUCUCUUCAUACGGGUAAACAAGCUUUGGAUGCUUAUUUAAAAGGAGGUUGAAAAUGACUCGACACGGGAAGAACUGUACAGCCGGAGCGGUUUAUACCUACCAUGAGAAAAAAAAGGACACAGCUGCAUCGGGUUAUGGAACGCAGAGUGUCCGCUUGGGGAAAGAUGCCAUCAAAGAUUUUGAUUGUUGCUGCCUGUCCUUACAGCCCUGCAGAGACCCUGUAGUAACUGGAGAUGGGUACCUCUAUGAAAGAGAAGCUAUCCUGGAGUAUAUCCUUCAUCAGAAAACAGAGAUCGCUAAAAAGAUGAAGGCCUAUGAGAAGCAGAAACGGGCCCUGAAGAGCGAGGGCCAGCUGGAGUCGAGCUCAUCGGAGAGAGAGAAAAUCGAGAAGUUCAAGAAAAAAGAGGGCAGCAUUGUCUCCAAACCGAUCAACCCGUUUGUCUCAGGUCAGACUAAAGAAGCGCCGUCACCGAACGGCUCCGUUUCCUCCGUCGGCUCCUUCAGCUCGGCUUCGACCUCUACAGAAUCCAGCUCGUCUUCGUCUCUCCCCAGCUUCUGGAUUCCCAGUCUGACUCCAGAGGCCAAACCCACAAUGCUCAAGAAACCAUCAAAGGCCGUGACGUGUCCGAUGUCAGGCCGACCUCUGAAGAUGAGUGACCUGAUAACUGUUCGUUUCACCCCACUGGACCCGAGCCUGGACAGAGUUUCCCUUCUUACACGUCAGGACAGAUACGUGUGUGCCGUAACCAAAGACACUUUGGGGAACUCUGUGCCCUCUGCAGUGCUCAAACCUUCGGGCGUGGUGGUCACCCUGGAGUGUGUGGAGAAGCUCAUACGCAAAGAUAUGAUCAACCCGGUGUCGGGAGAGAACCUGGCAGAGAAAGACAUCAUCGUCCUGCAGAGGGGGGGCACCGGGUUCGCCGGCUCUGGAGUGCACCUCUGUGCUAAAGAAGCUCGACCCGUCAUGCAAGCAUGAGACAGGCUGGAUACUGCUGCGAGGGUGCGAGCUGUGAUUUUAAACCUUUAUAUAUGUAUGUGUCAUAUCACAUCUCCGUGUUUUGCUUCCUUUUCCUUCUUCAGUUUGCAGUAGUGAGACUGUAGUUAUUGUUUACUUUUUUAAUAAUAUGUAACACAGAUGAAAUAGUGCAGCCAGCUUGUGCAGGUUCUGUUAAAUGCUGUACAAAUAUGACACCCAGUGUUUUUGUUUUGUAAAAUAAAACUGAUCAUGUAUGUAUCUACUCAGA